AUGGAUGUUCAACAACAGUCCAAUAAGCCCCAUCGGGCGCCGAGGUCUGAUAAUACAGCGAAAAAGAAACUUCAUUUAAAUGGCAAUAAUGCUAAAGCCUUUGCUUUUAACGCCCCUGGAAAACUCCAGCGUCAAGCAAUGAGAUCUUCUGAUAUUAAAGAAAAGAAGUUCCAUGUACCCAUGGUAGAUAGAACCCCAGAAGAGCCUCCUCCAGUUAUUGUUGCUGUGGUCGGUCCUCCUGGGACUGGAAAAUCAACAUUGAUUCGAAGUUUAGUUCGUCGUUAUACAAAACACACAUUAACGGAUAUCAAGGGUCCCAUCACGGUUGUUUCUGGCAAAAGACGGCGCUUAACUUUCAUUGAAUGUUCAAACGACUUAAACUCUAUGAUCGAUAUUGCCAAAAUUGCAGAUUUGAUUUUGCUUCUUAUUGAUGGAAAUUUUGGUUUUGAAAUGGAGACGAUGGAAUUUCUUAACAUUCUUUCUCCUCAUGGUUUCCCACGUAUUCUUGGAGUCACAACUCACCUUGAUUUAUUUAAAAAGGUUAGCACCAUGCGCAAUUCAAAAAAGCAACUAAAGCAUAGAUUUUGGACUGAAGUAUACCAAGGUGCAAAAUUAUUUUAUUUAUCAGGCGUUAUUAAUGGUAGAUACCCUGAUAGAGAAAUUCUUAAUCUUGCUAGAUUUAUUUCGGUAAUGAAGUUUCGUCCUUUGAAAUGGAGAAAUGAGCAUGCUUAUAUGCUUUCUGAUCGUGUCUCUGAUCUUACACAUCCAUCUUUAAUUGAGAAGAAUCCAAAAGUUGAUCGCAAGGUUGCUCUUUACGGGUACCUUCAUGGGUCACCGUUGAAUUAUUCUAAUGCCAGAGUUCAUAUUCCUGGGGUCGGUGAUCUAACUGUUUCAGAAGCUGAAAGGCUUCCUGAUCCAUGUCCUACCCCGUACGCCAUUAAAAUGGAAGAUGAAAAGGUGGUUUCAGGUAGCACCACAAAACCAAAAGGUAGAAGACGUUUAGAUGACAAACUUAAGACGAUUUAUGCACCCAUGAGCGACGUGGGUGGCGUUUUGAUUGAUAAAGAUGCCGUUUACAUUGAUAUUGGUUCUAAAUCUUUCAUUCCCGGAGAGGAAUUGGGAGUAGGAGAAAAGUUGGUAACAAGUUUGCAAUCAACUGGCGCAACUUUAGGUGAGAUGCCUAUAAAAUCUGGUAUCCAGUUGUUUUCGCAGAGUCAAACAUUACAUGCUGUUGAAGAUGCGUUAUUAGAUGAUAAUGAAGAUGAUGAAAUUGAGGAAGAGGUUUUGUCCAGAGGCAGAACAUCACUUAGAAAUGCUAAUGCAGUCGAAGAAAGCGAUAUGGAUUCCUCGGAAAAAAAUUUUGAUGAUGAUGAAAGUGAUGAAGAUGAAAAUGGCUAUUCACAGAAAGAUAUUCAACGUAAAAGAAAACAAACUGAUUCUUUGGAUACCGAUGAUUAUUCAGAUUCGAAUGAGAAUAGGGGGGAAGAAUUUGUGUUUGCAGAUACAGAUUCGGAAAUAGGUGAAGAUGACGCUGAUUUUGGCGCUUAUGAUUCUGGGUUUGAUGAUGGCGAAGUUGCAGCAUUGCGAUGGAAAGAACUUCAAGAAGCUAAUUCAAACUCUACAAAAUCAUAUAGAAAAUGGGAUAUAUCUAAACUCAUUUACAUGAACAAUAUUUCCCCCAAAGAUGUUAUCAAUAGGUGGAAAGGGGUUCAUCAGGAUGAUGGUGAUGAAGAUGAAGAUGACGAAAUAAUUGAAGACGAUGAUGAAUUUUUUCAAAAGAAAACAUUAAAUGACGAUCUUGAUUCGAUGGAUUGUGGUCAGGCAGAAUAUGACGAUAUUGCGGCCUUAGUCGAAAAAUGGAAAACUGAAGAAGCAAUCGAUAGUAUCUCUGAUCGUUUUUAUAAGUCUACAUUUAAUGUCUCAGAGCCUGCAGCUAAUGUUUCUACGGAAGAUGAUGACGAGGUGUUUGGAGAUUUUGAAGAUUUAGAAGCCCAAGACGAUGAUAGUAAACAAACUAUUGAAAGCAAUAACGAUUCCAUCUCUGAUAAAGCUGAAGGUGAUCAAAAGACGGUAGAUGAAGUUAGAGCAGAAAAUAUGGCUAAAAAAGCCAAGCAACGUUUAGAAAUUGAAGGCUUAUCAGAAGAUGUUGAUAGAGAGUUUGGUGUUGAAGAUCCCGAAGGUGAAGAUGAACAUGAAACUUGGCAUGAUUUCCAAAAGGCGAAAAUUGCUAAACAAAUUGAAAUCAACAAUGCUGAACUUGAACAAUUGGAUGUUGCUACCAGAGAUCGGAUCGAAGGCUAUCGUGCCGGUACAUACAUGCGUCUUGUGUUUGAGAAUGUUCCAUUUGAAUUCAUUGAAAAUUUUGACCCUCGAUAUCCUAUCCUUGUUGGGUCGUUGCUUACAAAUGAGGAUAGAUUUGGAUUUUCUCAAGUUCGAAUUAAGCGGCAUAGAUGGCACAAAAGAGUACUCAAAUCUAAUGAUCCACUUAUAAUAUCCUUAGGUUGGAGACGCUUUCAAACCAUUCCAAUCUAUACUACCUCUGAUUCUAGAACUAGAAAUCGAAUGCUCAAAUAUACCCCUGAGCACAUGCAUUGUACCGCUACUUUUUACGGGCCUUUAGUGUCCCCAAAUACAGGAUUCUGUGCUGUUCAGAAUGUUUCUGAGGAUAAAAAAGUAGGAAACUUUAGAAUUUGCGCCACUGGUACUAUUGUGGAAGUGGAUCAAAAAGUUGAAAUUGUGAAGAAGCUCAAAUUGGUUGGAUACCCAUACAAAAUCUACAAAAACACUGCAUUCAUUCGAGGAAUGUUUAGUUCUGCAUUAGAAGUUGCAAAGUUUGAAGGUGCUUCCAUAAAAACUGUAUCAGGUAUUCGUGGACAAAUCAAGAGGUCUCUAGCUAACCCUGACGGUGCCUUUCGCGCCACAUUUGAAGACAAGAUUGUUAUGUCAGACAUUGUAUUUUUAAGAGCUUGGCACCAGGUCCUCCCCCGAAAGUUUUAUAACCCAGUCACGUCUCUUCUUUUGAAAGAUAAGGAAAAUUGGAAUGGUAUGCGACUUACAGGAGUUGUGAGAGCGGAGAAAGGAAUUCCUACACCUUUGUUGGAGAAUUCAAAAUACAACAAGGUUGAACGAUUGACUCCUCAAUUUAAAAAACUUCAUGUCCCAAAGACGCUUAUAAAUAACCUUCCUUUUACUGAGCUCCCUAAAACAACAAAAUCCCGAGGAAAGGAAACAUAUCUUCAGAAGCGUGCUGUGGUGUUAGGAGGAGAGGAGAAGAAGGCCCGUGAUUUCAUGGAAAAAGUCUUUGCUCUCCAAAAGGACAAACGUGAUAAAAGAGAUGCUAAAAAUAAAGAGAAGUUGGCAGAGAAAGAAAAGAAAAAGACUGCUAUUGAAGAGAAGAAAAAAGAAAAGGCAAGAGAAAGGAAAAAAGAUUAUUUUCAGACAACUGCUUUGAAAAGAAGCCAUAGUGGUAAUGCUGGAAGAUCUGUUAAAAAACAACGUCAAUAG